AUGGCAGAAUCAUCAAAUGAAAAUUACAAAGUGCCAAUUGGAUUACGUCCAUUAUUAGAAGCAUUUGUACGUGAAACACUGAGAACACAGCCAACUGAUUUAGUCAGUUUUUCGAUUCUGUUUUUCAACGUUUUGCAGAAACAUCGCAAACCUCCUUUGCCAACCGUUGCAACACAUAUGGUGUUGAAACGUAAAGUAAUACAUUCAUUCAUCAUCAAACAAGAAUUGACAGCUCAAAACUUGAGAAUAGUAAUAUGGCCAAACUUGAGAAAAAAAGCUUGA